UGUUUUUGGUUUUUAAUCCUAGACUUGGAGUGGAAAAUUAUCUAUGUGGGCUCUGCAGAAAGUGAAGAAUACGAUCAAGUCUUAGACUCUGUUUUAGUGGGUCCCGUUCCUGCAGGAAGGCAUAUGUUUGUUUUUCAGGCUGAUGCACCGAAUCCAGGACUCAUUCCAGAUGCAGAUGCAGUGGGGGUAACAGUUGUGCUAAUUACCUGUACCUAUCGAGGUCAAGAAUUUAUUAGAGUUGGCUACUAUGUAAAUAAUGAAUAUACUGAAACAGAAUUAAGGGAAAAUCCACCAGUAAAACCAGAUUUUUCUAAGCUUCAAAGAAAUAUUUUGGCAUCUAAUCCCAGAGUCACAAGAUUCCACAUUAACUGGGAAGAUAACACAGAAAAACUGGAAGAUGCAGAGAGCAGUAACCCAAAUCUACAGUCACUUCUUUCAACAGAUGCAUUACCUUCAGCAUCAAAGGGAUGGUCCACGUCAGAAAACUCACUGAAUGUCAUGUUAGAAUCCCACAUGGACUGCAUGUGAUAACAUGCCAUCCCAUUAGUACAGAUUAAGCUAUUAAAAACAGAACUAUUUCCCUGAAGUUCCGUAAGUACAUAGUCAAGGUGAAAUGUGAAGAAUCUGUUUAAAAACAUCCUGUAGAAAGUUUAUAAGAAAACCAGUAUUUGAGCAAAUUGUGGAAUAUAAAUACAACUAUUUUUAAGUACUUUUUUUCUCUAAUGUGUUAUUUUAUUUGUUCUUGAAACUAAUCUGGUUAAAGUAUAUAUAUAUUAUUUUCUUCUCCUUUAUAUGUAAUUAAAGCAUUUAUAAAAAGAAGAGUUAUCAAUUAUUAGACCAGGUUGUGAAGGUGUUUUAGCCUCUUGGACAAUAAUACUUUUUACUAGCCUUUAAAAGAACAAAGUUUACUUCAACUAAAAUGAUUUCCUUUGAAGACAGCGUCCUUUUAAUUUAAGGAGCAAAUUUCCAUUCUGUAGUGAAAACGCUAUCUUUAAAAAGGGAAUUUGAAAUCAACUACAUGCCACCAAGGCUUUCCUAGGCCACCCCAGUGCAUCUUGUGACAACCACCACAGCUUGUGUUAACACUGGACUUGUGGUUUUAUGUAAUAAAUGCGGCUGCCUUUGAA